UACGCGAGCGCGCGAGCUUCUUCCCGUUUCAGCGGUAGGUUUUUCGCGCGAGGCGUCGUCACCGCGAUUCGUCGUCACCCGCGAGAAGUUCUCCCUCAACAAUCGUCUCGAUCGACGUGUGAAACGCGCGUCGCUCGGCCGUCGGCGAGAAACGCGGCCGGGAAAACGUCGCGCGCGCAAAAGGAGCAGGACGACCGCCGCCGCGGUGGGAGAGAGAGACACAGAGGUGGGCGGAGUUUGCGCCCGUGUGAGCUGUGUGAAGUUGGCGACGAAGACGCGCGGUUGUCUACGCGGACGACGACGCGUUCCUCGAGCGUCCCGUCGGGAAAUCGGUCGAGAAAUCGUCGCUCCUCGAGGAACGUCGCCCGCGCGCGAGCGCCCAGGCCCAGCGUGGAAGAGGUUAUGAGAACGCGGCUACGAGUGGCUACGAGAGGCCUGAAGUUAGGCGAUCGUAAAUAAAGAGGUGGAUGCGCGCGCGGACAACGACGGAUCGUCGCAAACGCGCGAGGAAGGAAGAGGGAGCGAGACGCGGCGGCGGCCGGCGCGGGAGGCAGAUGCAUGGGGCGCUCUGAUUGGCCGCGGCGGCUGCUAUGGCCGCCGAUUGGCGUACCGCACGCAUAUACUCCAAGGCACAGCACGGACGCGCACGUACACCCGCGAGCCGCGUAGCAGUCGCUCGAGCGGCCGAGGACAGUGAGAAGAGCGACGGAAACGGUCGGUCCGCGCGCGCCGUCGUCGUCGUCGUCGUCGUCGUCGGCGCAGUUGUUUCCUUGUAAGGCGGAAAGCUUCGUGUGCGACGUCCGUGGCGCGGAUGGCUCGGAGAACGACUCCGAUUUUCAGCCAUAGCGAGUAAGAACCGUCGAACCAUCGUGAAGGAGCGAGAGAGAGAGAGAGGAAGAGAGAGAAAGAAGGCAAGAGAGAUAUUAUAUAUACAUAUAUAUAUAUAUAUAUAUACAUAUAUAGAUAUAUAUACAUAGUGUGGAGUCUCGACGAGGAGAGGAGUGCGGUCCGGGCGCGACGCCGACCGUUUCGACACAACCGCGUAUACGUAAAACCCGACAAUCCGUCAAUGUUAGAGCCGCCGGAGGCAGCGAUCUCAACUUGCCCUAUAUUGUGUAUACCAGAUUUUACAAGUCGAUAAUUAGAAGCGCAGUGUGUGUGUGUGUGCAUCGCCGGAGCGCGCGGCGGCGGUGCGGAAGGGAAACGGAGCCGAGAGAGGAUAGAAGGAGCAUCGCGGAGCGAGCGGAAAGGUGAGAGCAGCGUGCCGCGGCGAGAGCGAGCGAGAACGCGCGAGAGGAGCCGACGGACGGAGGGAGAGACGCAGAGAAACGGAGCGGAGUUAAAACCGCGCCGUGCGACACGCAGAAGGACAAAGACCGCGGCGUUGGCAUAACCUCCAAGUCGUUCGCGCCGCGCGUUUCUGCGCGAGACAACGGUGCGUCAAGUCACGAGGUGUUCGUUACGACGGAGAUAUAAAAUAAGUGAGAAAGAAGAGAGAGAAUAUAUUUUUGCAAGUGUGCAGCGCGCGCCUUCCACAGAUCGACGAUUGGAGCACGGGGAUCCGGAAGAGGAAGGCAAAGAGAGAGAGAGGGAAAGCACGUGCAUCAUUACAUCCGGCCAGCGGCAUCGUCCGACGAGGCAGAUCGCGGAGGCCGGAUCUGUUCAAGUUUGUUACGCGUUCUUUCGCGACACCUGGUAUACGAGUAUAUAACGCGUAGGUGCGUUACACGCGCGUGGUGGUGCGACACGAGUGCGCUCCCGUCGGCCGUUCCGUUCUGGGCGCCGCGACGUGUAGCGGAUAUACAAGCAAAAGGGAAAAGGAGAAAAUAAAGGGAAGGAGACGCACACGUCCACGUGGACACGUACCUACGUACGUGAGACACGCGGAACACGGUGGCCAACUGAUCACCACCGGGGCUGGGAAGUAGCGGUGCAUCCGGUUGAUGGAUGAGACUGGCAGGAUGCUGCAACACGGAGGUUCAAGUGUGGGUCUGAUGGGUGGAAACCAGGGUCCGACGGGCCAGAACACCGCCGGCUACAUGGGCCCGGUCGACGGCACCGCGGCGCAGGGCCCCGACCAGGCGGUCGAGGCGAGGAAACAGGACAUCGGCGAGAUUCUGCAGCAGAUCAUGAACAUCACGGACCAGAGUCUGGACGAGGCGCAAGCGAGGAAACACACCCUCAACUGCCAUAGGAUGAAGCCCGCCCUGUUUUCAGUCCUCUGCGAGAUCAAGGAGAAGACAGUUUUGUCACUGAGAAACACGCAAGAAGAAGAGCCGCCAGAUCCGCAGCUAAUGAGGCUGGAUAAUAUGCUGAUCGCCGAGGGGGUUGCUGGACCAGAGAAGGGCGGUGGUGCGGGAGCCGCCGCAUCGGCGUCCGCGGCAGCUGCAGCCGGUCCACCCGGGCAACCGGACAACGCGAUCGAGCAUUCGGACUACAGGGCCAAGCUCGCUCAGAUUAGGCAAAUUUAUCAUCAAGAAUUAGAAAAAUACGAGCAGGCCUGUAACGAAUUCACCACUCACGUAAUGAACCUGUUGAGGGAACAGAGUCGCACUAGGCCGAUCACGCCGAAGGAAAUCGAAAGGAUGGUCCAGAUUAUCCACAAGAAGUUCUCCAGCAUUCAGAUGCAAUUGAAACAGUCCACUUGCGAAGCCGUGAUGAUCCUGAGGAGUCGAUUUUUGGAUGCCAGACGUAAGAGAAGAAAUUUCAGCAAACAGGCGUCCGAAAUUCUGAACGAAUAUUUCUAUUCCCACCUCAGUAAUCCCUACCCGAGCGAAGAGGCCAAGGAGGAGCUCGCACGAAAAUGCGGAAUUACUGUGAGCCAGGUGUCCAAUUGGUUCGGAAAUAAGAGGAUACGCUAUAAGAAGAACAUCGGUAAAGCGCAGGAGGAAGCGAAUCUGUACGCGGCCAAGAAGGCAGCUGCAGCUUUUGCAGGAGCAUCGCCGUACAGCAUGGGCGGUGCCAGCCAAGGCACCCCGACGCCGAUGAUGUCGCCGGCGCCGCCCGGAGGACCGCAGGACAUGGCCGGAUACAGCAUGGGAAUAAACGGCAGCGACUACGGCUCGCAGCCGUACAACGACGGCUCUAUGGGAUACGAUCCCAUGCAUCAGGAAAUUAUCUUUCAAUAUUUCGAAUGACGAUUAUUAUAAAUUUUGGACGCCGUGAUAUUUCAAAGUUAAAAUUAGAUAUCUGAAAUCUUUAUUAUUUUGUACAUAUUUUUUUUGCCGAAUUUCGUAUUUGAGAUCGCUCAAAAAAUAAAAUCAAAUAUGUCGAAUAUAUAUAUUUUUUUAUUUUAUUUAAUACUCCUCAAAGUUAUAGCUCCCGAUUAAUUCGAAUUCCUCAAAAUAUUAUCAAUAUUGCAGAUGCCAUUACUCGAGUGUUCAUUUCCCUUCUUUCGCGGAAAUCAUGGGAGCUUAUGAAGUUAUUACUGAAAUCUGCUACCUUCGCGCAAAUCGCAUCUUCCAUGCAGUUCCAAGCCACGGCAUUGCAUCCCGAUGAAUGCAUGCGCAUUUCACCUUUCGCAUACUCACACUCACUACAAGAGAGAAAGAGAGAGAGAACGAAAAGAGAGAGAGAGAGAGAGAGAGAGAGAGAGAGAGAGAGAGAGAGAGAGAGAGAGAGAGAAGAAUGAUAUCGAAAGAGAGAAAGAGAGAGUCAGAGAAGAAAGAAUAGCGGUGAAGGAGUCUGCUUGAGCUUCAGGAUGAUACGAUGCCAUAUACAGGGAACCGACUCUCAUAUAAAACAACCUGAAUGCAUAAAGAAAGCAUUACGGAUAAUGUCGUUUUGGUUUCAUAUUACGCGAUUGAACUUAACUCCACCUUUUGGUUUUUCUCUAGAUUUCCACGAUUUUUCAGAUCUAUGAGUGGGACGCGUCUCUUCUGUUCCGUUUGUAUUUUCUUGGGAUUGACUAAAGUGUUCGUACACUCGAAGAAAUCUAAUUGACCUCUAGGACUUAAAUUUACAUGCGUAGUAUCUCUUACACCCCUGUAUAUGGACGUGCGUGCAUGCGAAUGCGUGCGGUUAGACGUGUGCGCGUGUGUUGCUGGAAUAUGUACUGUAGGCCGGAUACGCUAUUUGCUGGUCCUGUAAAGACGGGUUCGAGGGCGCCGACAGUCGCGGUGCGGAGGGUGUGUUGGGUAGGGGUGCCUAGGGUAGAAUCUGCACAGAUACACACACGCGCGUACAAACCCACACACAUGUAACGACACACGUACAUACACAGCCUAGCAGCCAAUAGCGCCAGGUAUUGCUUAGUAUGCAUUGGAGUUGCUAAGUCACUUUUUAGGCAGGGCCUGGCUCUCUCACAUAUUAAUGGAGCUAGUGGAUGCGCGCUGCCUCUCCUAACGAGUCGCUCGGCGUCCCCUGCGAUGCGUUGCAAACGCGACGAAGCGAAUUUGGACGGUGGUGAAUUUUACGGGAUUCCUCCGGUCACGCUCGACAGUCUUUCCUCCGUGGAGGGGUUCCUUUUAUCAAUCUUUGAUAAAUACGCUUCGUGUUGCUUUUCUCAUCGAACGUCGUUAAGGACGCUUCGCAUAAAUCGGCAGUGAUCUUCUCGUUCCUUUCCUUCUUCAUUAGAUUCUUAAAUUCGCCGGGGACUAUAUUUAUAGCUCGGAUUUGCUUCCGUAGUUUAUUGCACUGCCCUCUCAAUCGGGCCGUUUAAAUUGCCGUUUAAACAGACGUUUUCAUAAAGUUUCCCUCGAAAACUUUACAGAAACUUAAAGGAUUUCAGGACCGAAAAUAUCUCGUCUUUGCAAUUCGCAAAUUGACAUAUACACAUGCUAAUUUCCGCUUUGAUGUCCUCUCUCUCACACACGGAUGCGUUCUCGUAGCCGUCGCUAGCGCGGCUCUUCGUUCUUCGAACGUAGUAAAUCUCGCUGACGUACAAUUUCAACGAUGUCGCGUGACACGGGGAGUGACGUUAAAUUAAAUUUGCGGGUAAACACAGCGAGCGGGAGUAUUCGGCGAGUCUGGCAGGGGAUUCCUGUAGGAAUUUCUAGCCGAUGGAUCCAAUAUCUGACAUGUCAAUACGCUGAUCACUUGUCGAUGUUUCGCUUCGACUACAAUUCUAUCGCAGGAUAAAAAAAAUCGGUUACGUUCGGUUCCGGUGAAUUAUUUGGCGAGGAGCUUAUUCGAUCCGCGAAUGCCUUCCGAUCUGCAAGACACGAGAUCAUAUUAAAUUAUUGUUCGACGAGAUCGCACCAAUAAUAAGUCGCGCAGGGUGGGUUUCCUAUUUUGGAAAGCGCAUCAAACUCGAUUGGAAUCGGAGCCAUCUUAAGAAAAGCCCGAGAGGAAAUUAAUUUCGUGGCUGAUCCGGUUCACCUCGAAAUUCCACGAUCGCGCGGGACGUGGUGCCGCAAGGGUUGAAAUGAAGCGACUAAAAUGCAUGCUCGUAACUGCGCUGCUCCGCAGUCACUUCCGGCUUCUGUAUAGCUCUCUCCUCCACUUCUUUAUCGAUCCGAAACGGAGCCCGUCUUCUCCCGUAUCUUCUUGCCGCCGUUAAGUUCCAUCAGUUUUAUCGUCCGAUCGAUGCUCCUUUCAAACUGGUUUUCGUGGAGAAACAAAACACGUAGCGAAUUUACGGAUCAAUUUUGUUUUUAACUAGUUUCACGAUAAACCUCUUUUCCGCGAUAAACCUUUUAGUUUAACCGAUCUAAAUUUUUAGGCCAUCUUGACAGAAGUAGAAAAGCGAUAUUACAUUCUUUUACGGAUCAAUCGAUUCUUCAUGUCGUUUAUUAGGAAUAUCAUGCGUAAAGUAUUUCAAUUUAAAUUUCUAAUUUUAGUCCACGUGUCAACUUUGUCUUUAGCUAGACGUCUCGUGGAUUCUAAUCCGUUCCGUUGUUCCUAAUGAGCUCGAAUUUGCAAUUUCUUGUCACAUCGAUCUCGCCAGGUCUUUGCAUCGCGCACAUGUGAUCGGUUCUGACAGCGAAGUUCGACACGACAACGGUUUUAACAGCGAAGUUCGCGACGACAACAAAUCCCCUCCCUUCGACGCUGCAGCUGGCACUAACUACUUUUCCCAUAAUCGCAUACGUAACAUAACAAAUGAGCAUUCGCUUUGUACACUCUUACACGAGCACAAAGAGCCUCUCUCACACGCCGGCCGACUGACUCCUAACAUUUUGCACCGGUCAAGUAUAACGUAAUCCACUUGUACAUUCCGUAUAAUCUAUCUUACCCACCGCCUCGUUUUUUUUGUCUUCGCCGUCCCACCUGCCCCCUCACUCUUCUUUUAAUCUCGUUCUAAUCAGCUGUUGGUUGGUACUUCGAAUCUAACAAGUAACCGUAACAGUACGGAACGCGGAACUGUGUUUGUUGCAACGAGGAGCCGGGGCUGGCUACAGAUGAAAAGGCACCUCGUCCGACGAAGGGGAAGGGAAGCGUUUUGGAGAAGCUUUUCCUUCCCAAUUCCAGCUGUUUUCGGCCAAUUGCCGUCUUUUGCUAUUUUGCGCGCGUACCGCCGCCGCAACGUGUGCGUUACUAAAAUAUCGAGAAUGACACGUUGAGAAGAAAGACGGCGCAUUGUCGCAAGCACAGUUCUGGUAUACGGUCUCCGCUACCCCGCCUACGUUACUGUCACGAUCCAUUCGGUCGUCUGCUGCGCCGUCUCUUCUACUCUCCAUCACCUUGACGAUCCGUCUCUCGGAUGCUGCGCGAAAUCGCGCGAACGGUUCGCGACUACGGAGACGAUAUCCCGGAUACGAGCGCGCAUUCUCCUCUUAUCGUUUCGCGAAGAGAUUACGUUAUGCAAAUCUAAACGAGAAAUUUUCAACUAGCCGCACAAAUCGGAUUUAACUUUGGAAAUAGAAGAUCGCAAUCGGACAAAUUCUUGUCAGGAUCUUAAAUUACGAUUCGACGCGAUGGUGCUUAAAAAAAAAAGCGAAAGAUCGGAAACUCCAAUCCGACUCAAUGACGUUUUUUUCUUGAUGCAGAUGAAACGAAAUUCUUAGAAGGCGACAGAGAGUGAGAGAGAGACCCCGGAUCAGACAGCCACGCAAAAGACACGCAGUCGAAGCUAAAAUAGAGAGCGAGAGAGAGGGAGAGAAAGGAUGGGAAAGUGUGAAUCGUGCGAGAGACUGGAGAGACAGAAAGAUAGAGGGAUGAACGCGAAUGGGGGAGAGAAUGAGAUCACACAGCCGGGAAAAAAAAUUAUAAGACGUGAACGUGAAAAUCGGGACUGGUGCGUGUAACACUGAUCUCGGCCUCUCGUGCUUUUUUUAUUGUGUUUCCAGUGAUGCGUCAGGCCGGCCUAAAAGCGCUCGCAAUCGUGUAGAAAGAAAUUUCGCCGCAAGCUCUCGACACGAGAUAAGAGAAAAAAACAGAGAAAGAAUGAGAGAAACAUUUAAAAAGUUAGAGAUGGCGAGAAAGAGAAAGUGCGAACGAGAGAAAGAGAUAGAGAGAGAGAUAGAGAUGGCCCGGGAUUAGAAGCUGACGACGGCCGGUCGGGACAUCGUUCUCCGUUGCAACAAGCGUCUGAUCUCUUUCCCUAGAACUCAGUUCUCAAAGAAAAAGAGAGAGAGAGAGAGGCAUUUGAAGAAAGGUCGUGGAUUUUCUGAGAAACGAGAGUUCUCGAUGAGACGUUGUUAGAAUCCUCCUCCGGCUCGCGAGGUGCCAGUUCCAUUCUCAUAUAACUCGUCGAUCAGUGCAAUAUGUACGCAGGCGGAUCCGCGCGGUCUACGUGUUCUGAGGACGUUUCGAAAUUUCUACUCCAACGUCUGUGCUUCGCGGAGGCGUUCCGACGGCGGCGGGAUUGUCGCGCGUUCAUCUGCAGAGGAAGAUCUCCACGCUCCGUAGACCCCGAGAAAUAGAAUUUAUUUUCGAACUAAGCUGCGCACGAGGGAGGGAAGAACCGCGUGCGUCGCGACGCACGUUAAAGAUGCGUACGUGAUAUAAAGUCGAGACAGCGAUCUUUGGAUAACUCGGUGAAGCUCGCCGGUAACGACGUUGCUAAGAAUAGAGAUAGAAAUUUCGUGAAAUUUCGGCAUUACGGAGGGAAGGAGCGAAACUCGGCGGUCCCGAUCCCAAGUUACCCGAGUAUCGAUAGAGGUCUCAUUUAACGCGCGUCCAAGAAUGAUAAUCUCUCUUGUUUGACUUCUCUCGUAUCGGUCUGCCAUCCUGAAGAGUACGUCGACAUUGGAAGAAUUGGAGAACGCAACGCGCGGAUCGAGCUUUCGGACUUGGAUCUUUUCCGUGGUGUUCCGUACUGAAUUUCCCGUACGCAUCGAGACGACCCGCAUCGAGGAAAGCGGAGGGCUCUUCGCCCGUGCGUUUGAAAGACGUCCAGAAAGACGUCCUCGCCUUCGAGCUCUUCCCUUAGGAUUAGAUCUCGCUAAGUGUGCAAUAAGAUUUUGAUAUUGGGACUCUUCUUUAUUUUUUAGGUCGUAGAGAUACGUUUAGAUAGGCCGUUUGUUACGUAGAUAGUAAAAGUUGUGGUGGCAGCAAGCGAUAAGUUUUUAGUUUUUCGAUUGUUAAUCGCGGCGAGUGUCUCGGGCGGGUGCUGAGGAGGCACGAGCCGCGUUGCUUUCAACACCGAUUCUUCCAGUCGCGCAAAAUUCGUAAAACGGGGGCCUUGAAAUUAUUCGCGCGAGGGGCGUUCCCGUUGCUUCCUCCCCUUUUUACAGUUUUCGGCAUCUGAGAGAUCAACAUCGGAAGACACACCGGUGACGUGAAUAAUCACACACGAAUCUGUACCCGUUUGUACAUAGAUAUUCAACAGCAUACACGCACCCUACGCAUUGCGCGCGGUUUCAUUACGUCGCUCUUUACACGGCUUUCGAUACUUAAUCUUUAGAGAUUUACUUAAAGGCAGCUCUUUACACAUCAUACAUACACACACAUACACAGUUUUCACACGUAUGAUAUGUAUAUAUAGGUUGAUAGAAGGAAAACAAGGCAACGUUGGAGUGUAUCUUAUAGUUGGAAAGAUACUAGGGCAGAUAGUUUUCGUGACAUGCAUGGCUGCAUGUAGAAUUUCAAGACACGAGAGCCUCCGAAGCGAAAAGUCACUGUCGAGAUCUUUCCUUGGAUGCAAUCAAGGAAUAUACACUUUCGCAAGUCACGGAAGAUUAGGAAACUGUCCGUAUCUUAUAAACGCUAAUUUAAUAGAUUUGAAAGACGUCAGAGUUACGUUAAUGCUAUUUUCUGAGGCCCACGUGUGUACUGGUUUUACAAGGUAGUACGUGUGUGCGCGCAUUUGUCUUUUGAUCUGAGAGGGAGAGAGAGAGAGUGUUGAUUGUGGAUAUCUGAGUGAGUAGGCGGAGGACCGAAAGGCGGAGAGAAAGAGCGUGAUAGAGAGGGAGUGAAUGCAAUCAAAAAUCUCAUUGUAGCUCGUUUUGCAGAGUUCAGAAUUUCAUAGACCAGUAGAAUAGACGCCGGCCCGUUGCAUCGGCAAGUUCGGAAGGAGACUUCCCGAUUCGGCCUCUGUCGAUUACUUCGAUGGUGAAAUGACACCCGAGUGACAAGUUUCGUGGACGAGACAAGCGCUCGAAUCCUUCCGAGACGCGGAUAACGAGAGACAAGUGAUCGCGAGUAAUAACGAGAAACGGUUCCAGGAUAUCGGGUUUCGCUUGCUGCGAAAUCCGAGUUGCGCGACAGACUUGAGACAAACUUGAUACAAGAGUACAAAGAAGGUACAUUUAUAGGACGGUGUUCGUAGUCGGUUCUUAUAUUUAAGACCGUCUUAAGUACAAUCUUGAGAUGUCACAAAAGACGAUCUUCAGAGUUCUUGGAAUGUUCGCUACGUAAUGCGGAAGUAAAUGUCUGUCUCUCGUUGCCGGCGUAGCCGAUACAACGUGGCCGAGCUUGGAGAAAAUUCGGCAUACCCGGCGAGACGAGCCAGGUAGACUGAACGUUCUCCGUUUGAGAGCGAAAGCGCGAAGCGAAGCAAAGUCUUCUUUUUACCGGGUAUCGAGGCGAGGCUUAGUGACCAAUGACAUGCUAUUUUGUCGCCAUCCUGCAGGGGAUAAAGACAGAGGGCUAAAAAUGCAAUUGCAAAACAAAAAACAAACAAUCGAAAAACAUGACGCAGGGCAAGGCAUUGGCUGGGGGGCCAGGCGCGGCGGGAUGGAUGCAACAGCGCGAGGCGGUGCCCGAAUUUCCGCCUCUCCACGAUUCAGCGGACU